GGGCCAGUGAGGGCAGGGCUGAAGCGGGACCCGCCCAGGCCGACUCGGCCUGGAAAGUGCCCGGGAGUCUGCCACCGGCUGGGCCCCCGGAUCCGCGGCGACGGGUAGCGGGGAAGGUCGGGCAACGCCUGCCGGCGGCGGGGCACCAGGAGGGUCGAGGUUCGGAGUUGGCGGGUUCGAGGCCCCGCCCAAGAUGCGGAAUCAGAAGCUCAGAGAGGUGAAAUGACCUCACUGAGGCCGCACAGCUCCUAAUUUGGGCUGUGACUGAAUUGGAAAGCUGGAGUGUCUGGGUCCAAAUCCGUGCCAAGUUCCGGGAAACAGCAGGAGGGGAAAGUUAACAGGCCACUGGAGCGACGGGCUAUUUGGAAGUGAAACACGGCAGAAGGGGAAGCAGAGAGUGAGGGCCAGGCUCCGCCGAGUCUGAUGGCCGGCAGACAGCUGUAUCUGUACCCAGUGCUGAGUUUCUUCUGUGUGGGGCUGCUGAUGGUGGAGACGGUGUCUGGGACCAGGGGCCCAUUUAUAGGGGCCCACAUCGGCUCCCAGUUUUCAGCCUCAGGUGUGAACCAGACCCCCAUGGAAGACGUGAGCAUCCAGUGUCGUGAUGUGUGUGGCCUGAACGUCUCUGACCGCUGUCUCUUCAUCCGGACCACCCCUGACUGCCACAGCAAAGGGGGUUACCUGAACUACCUCGAAGGCGUCUUCUGCUACUUCCCACCUGACCUCCUCCCUCUGGCUGUCACCCUCUAUGCUUUCUGGCUGCUUUACCUGUUUCUGAUUCUGGGAGUCACCGCAGCAAAGUUUUUCUGCCCUAACUUGUCAGCCAUCUCCACCGUGCUCAAGCUGUCCCACAAUGUGGCAGGCGUCACCUUCCUGGCGUUCGGGAACGGCGCGCCCGAUAUCUUCAGCGCCCUGGUGGCUUUCUCGGAUCCGCGCACGGCCGGCCUGGCCUUUGGGGCGCUGUUUGGCGCGGGCGUGCUGGUCACCACCGUGGUGGCCGGUGGCAUCGCCAUCCUGCGCCCCUUCACAGCCGCCUCCAGGCCCUUCCUCAGAGACAUCAUUUUCUACAUGGUGGCUGUGUUCCUGACCUUCACCGCACUCUACCUCGGCAGGGUCACGCUGGCAUGGGCCCUGGGUUACCUGGGCUUGUACGUGUUCUACGUGAUCACUGUGGUUCUCUGCACCUGGAUCUACCGAUGGCAGCGGAGGAGGUCCCUGGUCUACUCCAUGCCAGGCACUCCAAAAAUGCUCUCAGAUUCUGAGGAGGAGCCCGUGUCUUCCAACAGCUAUGACUACAGUGAAGAGUACCGACCACUGCUCUUCUAUCAGGAGACCACGGCUCAGAUCCUGGCCCAUGCCCUCAACCCCCUGGAUUACAGGAAGUGGAGGAUCAAGUCAGUGUCUUGGAGGGCCCUCAAGUUGUUCAAGCUGCCUGUGGAGUUCCUGCUGCUUCUCACCGUCCCUGUUGUGGACCCCGACAAAGAGGACGGGAACUGGAAACGGCCCCUCAACUGCCUGCACCUGGUCACCAGCCCGCUGGUCUUGGUCCUGACCCUGCAGUCGGGGGCCUAUGGCGUCUAUGAGAUAGGUGGCCUCCUUCCUGUCUGGGCCAUCGUGGUGAUUGCGGGCACGGCCGUGGCUGCGGUGACCUUUUUUGCCACAUCCAACAGCGAGCCUCCCAGGCUUCACUGGCUCUUUGCUUUCCUGGGUUUCCUGACCAGCGCCCUGUGGAUCAACGCAGCGGCCACAGAGGUGGUGAACAUCCUGCGGACCCUGGGAGUGGUCUUCCGGCUGAGCAACACUGUCCUGGGGCUCACGCUGCUGGCCUGGGGGAACAGCAUUGGAGAUGCCUUCUCAGAUUUCACACUGGCCCGCCAGGGUUACCCGCGGAUGGCAUUCUCAGCCUGUUUCGGAGGCAUCAUCUUGAAUCUGCUGGUGGGAGUGGGGCUGGGCUGUCUGCUCCAGAUCUCCAGGAACCCCACAGCAGAGGUGAAGCUGGAGCCAGAUGGACUGUUGGUGUGGGUCCUGGCGGGCACUCUGGGCCUCAGCCUCGUCUGCUCCCUGGUCUCGGUCCCGCUGCAGUGCUUCCAGCUGAACAGAGUCUACGGCUUCUGCCUGCUCCUCUUCUAUGGGAGCUUCCUCGUGGUGGCCCUGCUGACGGAAUUUGGGGUGAUUCGCUUGAAAAGUGUCUGAGUGCCGCCUUGCACCUGGGGCCGCCUGGUGGCCAGGAGGUGUCACUGCAGGCGGCGAGAUGGACGUCUGGCUGCUGGGGGGCCCCUGCCUCUGCUGGAGGUUCCUGGUUGUCGCCCUGCGCAGGGACAACAGCUAAGCCUUGUUUCUGGGACAUCGGAGACGGGGCUGUGCUGUGGACAAAGCUGCGGACAGAAGGUAGACUUCCUUGGCUUAUCUGUGGAGCCUCUUGGAGGCUGAGUGCCUUCCUGCAUCUUCUCCUCAGGGCUCGCUCAGACCACCGCCAAGCCUGGGCUUAUUAGGGUGACAGGGCAACUCAGAGGGUGGGCAGAACACAGUGAGCGUCUGGCCAUCCCAGUCUGAGUCCUAGAGCUGCACCAUCCAACAGAACUAGAAUGUGAGACACAUACCGAAUUUUGAAAUUUCUAGUCGCCAUGUUAAUAAAAGCCAAAAGAAACAGGUCCUAUAUUAUAUGCAUCAGUGAAUGGCUCCAAAAUGUCAGCCUAUGGCCCCGGCCCGAUUACGGCCACUGGCUUGGACGGCACAGCUCUAGCCUCUACCUCUAGAACGGCCUGCUGGCUGCUGGCAGACUCCUCUGUGCCCUGAACCUUGGGUUUCCCCAGCUGUGCAACAGCCAUCAGUUGGACCAUGCCCUGUCCUACCUCAGGGGGAGCCCUGGGCCGGGGUGCCAAGGCCCGGAAGCUCUAGGGAGGACGGAGCGGGUGCUCCCCAGUGCCUUCCCGCUGUCAGCUAUGGACCUGCCUUUUCAAGAAGCAGCUCUAAGUUUGCCCGACUGCCUUCUGCCGGCAGCAGCAAGGCGAUUCAAAUGUCUUUUUUUCCAGUGAAAAAAUUAUUAAAUAUUUGAAGUGUCCAGAAAGCAGCACACCCAUCUCUUAU